AUGUCUUUAUUUAAAGAAGAAGCAAUACCUUUAAUCUAAUACAACUCUUAAACAAAAAAAUAUAACAUAAACGAAUAAACAAUUUAAAUAAUAAAAUAAAUUCCAAAGCCCAUAGGAGUAAUUUCAGUAGCAGGAGCCUACAGAACUGGUAAAUCGUAUCUUUUAAACCGUUUACUAUUGAAUAAAAGUGGUGGAUUUGGAGUAGGACCAACAGUAAAUCCUUGUACAAAAGGAAUUUGGGUAUGGGGAUCACCUAUUAAAGGAUAAACAUCAGAUGGAGAAUCAAUAAAUAUUUUAGUAAUGGACUCUGAAGGAAUAGGUUCUACAGAAGAAGAUAUAACUCAUGAUACAAGAAUAUUUUCUUUAGCAAUAUUAUUGUCAUCUACAUUUAUUUAUAAUUCAAUGAGUUCUAUUGAUGGAAUGUAUAACAUUAGUAAGACCCCUAUUAAGUGA